CCAGCCUGAUUGGUUCCUACCUAGCUUCCCUCCCGCGUCCCCGCAAGUCCCCUUUCCCCCCGUUCUUGGUCCCCGCCCUCAACUUGCCCCGCGAUUGGUCGGGCCCCACCGGCCCGGAGCCGCAAUUGGCUCUGCUCGGCGCACCGGCGGCAGUAAGCGAGCCGGGCUGGUGAUGGAGGGAGCGCUGCUGAAAUGGACCAACUAUCUUUCGGGUUGGCAGCCACGAUACUUCGUACUAGAGAAUGGCAUCCUCUCCUAUUAUGAUUCACAGGAUGACGUGGGAAAGGGCAGCAAAGGCAGCAUCAAGAUGGCUGUGUGUGAGAUCAAAGUCCACACUACUGACCCCACUCGCAUGGAGCUGGUCAUCCCUGGAGAGCAGUACUUCUACCUGAAGGCAGGAGGCGCCGCUGAGAGACAGAAAUGGCUCGUGGCUUUGGGCAGCUCCAAGGCCUGCCUGGGGGACAGCAGGAGCCAGAAGGAGAGAGAUCUGGACCUAAGCAACGAGUCCCUCGGGAGAAAGCUGUCCGAACUGCGACUAUAUUGCGACGUGCUGACACAGCAGGUCCUCGCCGUACAGGAUGCAACACAUCCUCAAGACAAUGGCUCCCCUCUUGACCUCCAGAAGAUGAACGAAGCGUCAUCCUUAUUGCGAGCGACCUGCAGCCAGUUCAUCUCCACGCUAGAAGAGUGCAUGAAAUUUGCAAACACCCGAUUAGCUCCUGAGCUGUACCAUCCUUUGACGGUCCCCCAGCCUUUUGACUUUGUGGGUACCAAACUCCCACAUUCUCACCGGGUAAGGCGCUCCAUGAGCCACACAGGCAUAGCCUCAUCAGAAAGAGCUCUGGAGCAGGCUCGGGUCUUGCCCGCACCCGCCAAGGGCACCGUGACGGUUCUGCGCAACUUGGAGGAGAUGGUGAUGUUUCGCUCGCAGCAGUGGGGGCAGCCGGGUUCCCAGUCCGAAAGCGCCCCCAGCACCAUCGUCGAAGAAGCAGUUGGUAGGGGCUGCCACGAGAUAACUGCAUGAGGUUAACGUGGGAGGGGAGAGGCAACGUCCUUUCAUCGGCCCAGGACUCUCCAGUGGACUCAGCUGCCGGGGACCAAUGACUGUAAUCCGGAUAUUGGCACUGCCGCAGCUCUUGUCGACACUUUGGAGCCAUCCUUGCUGCUAGCUCGCUAGCUAGCUAGAAGAACUGGCCCGGGGCUCCCUCCUCUAGUUUAGAAAUAGCCUUGGCCUGCAGGGUGCGAUGGCGGAAGCAUCCUUUGCUCCUAGGAAGGCAGUGUGCAUGAAGGGCAAGGAGUAGAUGCCAGACUUGGUUCUGUGCUUCAGUCUUGUAGUUGCCAAGGUGCGUCUGAGAAUGCUGCCCAGGUCCGCUGGCUUUUACAAAGCAGUCCUCCCUGAGAAGGGAUGGGGUCUGGGCAGCGGGAUAGUGAUUAGCUCUCCAUGCUGGAUUGGGUGUGGCGGAAGUGGCGGUCCUGACGAGAGCCUGGGGUGCUUGGGAGGCAGCUUCUGAUUGGACAGGUUGCCCCCAGCGCUCUCCGGGGGCUGUCCCUAGUGGUCCUAUGCUCUAAUUAGGUCCGAGGUUUGGUCACCGGUGCAGCUGGAGCCCGGGGACUCGCGGUCUGUGGCAGAUGUAGAGCACCUUCAUCCCUCUCACCGGCAUAAGAUCUGUCGCUCGGUCAAACCUUGUUUGCUUUGCUCCCGGAUGUCUUGAGAAGUGCCCUGCUGGUUUGACUCUCGGCCAGGAUCUUUUUUUGCCUAGGAAUCUGCUCCAGGAAGGACUUCCUCGCUGAGCAUUCUUCCUCCUUCCUCAGCAGAGAGCUCUUCCUGCAAGCUGCUCUUCCCCCAAAGAGACACCUACACACCCCAGCAUCGAACUUGCAGGACAGGUUGCAGUAUUCUUCUCGAUGCUUUCUCCCUGCUUCUCUUCAGCAGAGGUGUUGGCCCUGAGUGAAUGUCCGAUGUAGAAACAGCAGCCUCUUUGGACACCUGACCUCACAGCAACAUUGGGCUGCUUCCCUCUGCACAGCGUGGGACCGGGGUCAGCUGACCACAACCAGUCACAUACCAAACAUCGAAUUGACUCUACUGUCAUUUGCUGUGCGGUAACUUACUGUUUUGUCUUGUGGGGUUCUCUGCCACCUCCGUUUUUGUAGGAUCUUGUGCAGUUCUCCCUUCUCUCGUUCCUUUCUCCCUGUUCCACACACACAGACACCCCGCAAACCCCCGGUCUCUGGAGCCCGUUCCCAUGACGAGCCCUGCCCAAAGAUCAGACUCUAAUUUUGAAUGAAGACUCUAAUUUUGAAACAAA